AUGUCACUCGACGCGCCAUGGCUCAAACAGUGUCCCGAAUUCGUUGAAUUGGAGAUUGGCGAGAGUGUAGCCAGUCGCACCGAGACCCUCUCAACCUUCAGAGAACUCGGUCCACCAGAUCUCUGCCAUAUCAUCAAGUCUCCCACUAGAGCUGGAACCACCAACGAUUCUGGCUCUUAUCAUUAUGUCUCUGGAAUAGACGCAUCCAGCUCAGCCAGCAUUGCCAUAUACCUCAACGAUCUACUACGCAGUCUCGAUAUUUCCCAGGGUUGGUUCGCUCCCAACGCCGGCUGGAAAGUCAAGUCUGGUACUUAUUGCUGCUACAAUGCUUUCUCACGCGUUGACGUGCGCGUACAGGUCAAGAUUCCCGGCGGUGUCGACUCAUACGCCGUCGAUCUACGCGGCGAGCGCCACGAGCUCAAUUCCUCACUAUGGCUCGAGACUUACCUCAGUGCGCACCUCCGCUCGAUUCUUUACGCCGAUGAUCCAUCGUACAAGCUGUAUGGAUACAGGAAGUACUCGCCCAUUCCGAAACCCGAAGACGAAGAGCGGUUUAUCGCCGCCUGUGCGCAGCUCUUCGAUAAAGGCUGGCAGCUUGGAUCUGAGCCUGAAAUCCAAGUAGCGACGCCGAUUAGUAAUCACCUCACCAGCGCGAUCCUCAAGUAUUUCGGUGAUAGUGGACGUAUGUCUCGUGCAGCAAAUCUCUUUGAGAAAAUCGCCGAUCACCAGCGUCGCACUUAUGGUGAAGGUCCCGCAGCUGAUGUUGAUGCUCUUACCGCUCGCGCUUAUAUCGGGAUGCACGAGGAGACACUCGCAGUGCGCACGCUUAAUCGUGCUCUCACUGUUUCGCCGCAAUCUUGGCAACUCCUUCAUGUCCAGAUCGACUUUUUACGCUCUAAGGGUAUGUUCGAUUGGGCUGUGCAGCUCGCGCGCCAGGCUGUUGAAUGUUCACCUUCUGAGUUUGUCACCUGGGCUAAAUUGACUGACUGUCUCCUCGACAUUGAAGACUUUGAAGCUGCGCUGCUCACUCUCAACAGCUGCCCUAUGUUUACAUACAACGAACGCGAUUUGCACAGGAUGCCAACACCCAUCAAGAAUCACUUUCCUAUAAAGAAAUGGGUUAUCGAGUCUAAUCUCAUCGACGACGACUCGCCGAAAGAAAAUGAGGCGGAUAUAACCCUCCUUAGAUUGCCAGCACCUUCGCUCAGAGGUACUUUCGCUAGAGCUUACGAGCUCCUCACUAGACUCAACGACGCUAUCGGUUGGGAUGACCUCCUCAAAAUCCGCUCAAAGGUGUUUGUGAUGGAAGAGGAAUACAGACAACACAAGACGGAGGGUUCUAAUGGCACAGCUGCCGAUAGCAAUGUCAUUAAACAGCCUGCUAUACCUACCAUCAAAAUAUCAUCGGAUUCCGAUCACGAGCGUGAACAAUUCAAGAGGGGUGGUUUAGAUUUGCACAUGGAGAAGGUGGAGAAAAUUGAGGAACCGGUGCAUAACCACGACAACCACGACAACCAACAAGAUGGCCAAGGUGAAGGCACAAACACUAACGGAAAUACCGCAGAAGAAGAUACCGAUGAUACCUCGCGAGGCUUAUCCUUCAGUGAUAAGAAAUUGUGCGAACGCUGGCUAGACAAUCUGAUGCUUGUUCUCUAUGAAGAUCUCCGCGUACUGACCAUCUACAAGGCUGAACGCUCUCAUUUCAAAUCACAACAAAUGCAAUACAGGAAAACAGGAACUGAGUGGGAAAUUAUUGGUGAUUUGUGUCUCAGAAUGCAUAAUAAGGAAGAAUCAAAAGAAGCUUAUCAAAAAUGUCUCGAUCUUAAAUUCUCCGCUAGAUCUUUUAUGAAGUUGAUGGAGAUUUUUGCUGAGGAGGGUAACACACAGAAAGCUUUUACUACUGCUACACGGUUAAUAGCGUACAAUGCUAGAUGGUACAACGAAUCUGUCUAUCCAAACUUCAUUAGCUCUCAACUAUUCAAGAUUGUCAAGUUGGAGGGUGUCCAGAAACUUGUCUUUAUGACCAUGUCCCUCGGAAACAACCUACCUAUUCAGGCUGAAUUGAGCAGGUAUUGGGACUAUGUUAAGAACUUCAAAGUUGAAGGUGAGGCUUUCUGA